GCGGAGGGCUUGUUGGUGGGUGCCAAGAUGGCGGAGCCCAGGGGCUGAAGGGGGUGAUGUCUGGCGGCUGGUUGCGAGGGCUGGAAGAACGGAAAGAUGAAGGUUGUCAAUCUAAAGCAGGCCAUUCUCCAGGCCUGGAAAGAGCGGUGGAGUGAUUACCAGUGGGCCAUAAACAUGAAGAAAUUCUUCCCCAAAGGAGCCACCUGGGACAUACUUAAUUUGGCAGAAGCUCUCCUUGAACAGGCCAUGAUUGGCCCAUCACCCAACCCACUGAUCUUGUCCUACCUGAAAUAUGCAAUCAGUUCCCAGAUGGUGUCUUAUUCCACCGUCCUGACGGCCAUCAGUAAGUUCGAUGACUUCUCCCGAGAUCUCUGCGUCCAGUCCCUGCUGGAGAUCAUGGAUAUGUUUUGUGAUCGGCUCAGCUGCCAUGGCAAAGCAGAGGAGUGCAUUGGCUUGUGCCGGGCCCUGAUGAGCGCCCUCAACUGGAUGCUGCGCUGUGCAGCCUUCUAUACGGAGAAGUUCAAAGAGAUGAUGGACCAGGCGGCUGCUGAGAACCAGCUGAAGAUGUGCCUGGAGCGGCUGGAGAAGAUCCUGGGUAGCACCAAAAACCGGGCCCUGAUUCACAUCGGCAAGCUGGAGGAGACGUCUUCGUGGAGCACCAUAGAGCAGUCGCUGAUCAAACUGGGGGAGAAUCUGAGCAGCCUCAGUAACCUGCAGCUGCACAGCCAGGCGGACGAGUGCAUCUCCCUCAUCAAGAGCAUACCCACCAUGCUCUCGGCCCACUCCGAGCAGCUGAACAAAACCGGCUUCCCCACCGUGCAUGCCGUGGUGCUGCUGGAAGGAACCAUGAACCUCACAGGAGAGACCCAGCCUCUCGUGGAACAGCUGAUGAUGGUGAAGCGGAUGCAGCGCAUUCCCUCACCGCUUUUUGUGCUGGAGAUCUGGAAAGCCUGCUUUGUGGGCCUGAUCGAGUCUCCAGAGGGGACGGAGGAGCUGAAAUGGACGGCCUUCACCUUCCUUAAGAUCCCUCAGGUUCUGGUUAAACUAAAGAAAUAUCCCCAGGGAGAGAAGGAUUUCACUGAGGAUGUGAAUUGUGCCUUUGAGUUCCUGCUGAAACUCACCCCUUUGCUGGACAAAGCUGAUCAGCGAUGCAACUGUGACUGUACCAGUCUGCUCCUGCAGGAGUGUAGCAAACAGGGACUGCUGUCUGAGGCCAACAUGACCAACCUGGUCGCCAAACGGACGGCCGACCGGGAGCACGCGCCACGCUUGAAAUCGGCAGAGAAUGCCAACAUCCAGCCCAACCCGGGGCUCAUCCUGAGAGCCGAGCCCACUGUCACCAACAUCCUCAAGACCAUGGAUGCAGAUCACUCCAAAUCCCCAGAGGGGCUACUAGGCGUCUUGGGCCACAUGCUGUCUGGGAAGAGCCUGGAUCUGCUGUUGGCAGCUGCAGCAGCGACGGGGAAGCUGAAAUCUUUUGCUCGGAAGUUCAUCAAGCUGAAUGAAUUUACCAAGCACAUCAGCGGAGAAGGCUCCAAAGCGGCUUCUGUCAGGGCCCUGCUGUUCGACAUUUCCUUCCUCAUGCUGUGCCACGUCGCCCAGACCUACGGCUCUGAGGUGAUCCUCUCAGAGUCCAGCCCCACGGGUGAGGUGCCGUUCUUCGAGACCUGGAUGCAGACCUGCAUGCCGGAGGAGGGGAAAAUCCUCAACCCAGAUCAUCCCUGCUUCCGGCCUGACUCCACCAAGGUGGAAUCGCUGGUUGCUCUGCUGAACAGCUCCUCGGAAAUGAAGCUGGUGCAAAUGAAGUGGCACGAGGUAUGUCUCAGCAUCUCGGCGGCCAUCCUGGAGAUCCUCAAUGCCUGGGAGAAUGGAGUGCUCACCUUUGAGUCGAUCCAGAAAAUCACGGAUAACAUCAAAGGGAAGGUGUGCAGCAUGGCCGUGUGUGCCAUGGCCUGGCUGGUGGCCCACGUCCGCAUGCUGGGCUUGGAUGAGCGAGACAAGUCGCUGCAGAUGAUCCGGCAGCUGGCCACAUCCCUGCAAAGCGAGAACACGCUGCAGUUCUACAACGAGCGCGUGGUGAUAAUGAGCUCCAUCCUGGAGCACAUGUGCGCCGACGUCCUGCAGCAGACGGCCACGCAGAUCCGAUUCCCCUCCACGGGGACGGACCCCAUCCCCUACUGGAACCUGCUGCCCCCUAAGAAGCCCAUCAAAGAGGUCCUGACAGGCGUGUUCACCAAGGUGCUGGAGAAGGGCUGGGUCGACAGUCGCUCCAUUCAUAUCUUCGACACGCUGCUGCACAUGGGAGGUGUCUACUGGUUCUGCAACAACCUGGUCAAGGAGCUGCUGAAGGAAACCCGCAAGGAGCACACGCUGCGGGCAGUGGAACUGCUCUACGCCAUCUUCUGCUUGGACGUGCACCAGCUGACGUUAUCCCUGCUGGGCCACAUCCUGCCCAGCCUGCUCACCGAUUCCUCCAAGUGGCACACCCUGAUGGACCCGCCUGGCAAGGCCCUUGCCAAGCUCUCUGUGUGGUGCGCCCUGAGCUCCUACUCCUCCCACAACAAGGGCCAAGCAUCAGCCAGGCAAAGGAAGAGGCACCGAGAGGACAUUGAGGAUUACAUUAGCCUGUUCCCACUGGACGACACCCAGCCGUCCAAGCUUAUGCGCUUGCUGAGCUCCAACGAGGAGGACGCCAAUGUUCUGUCCAGCCCUACAGAUCGUUCGAUGAGCAGUUCGCUGUCUGCCUCCCAGCUUCACACCAUCAGCAUGAGGGACCCUCUCAAUAGAGUCCUAGCAAACCUCUUCCUGCUGAUCUCUUCUAUCCUGGGAGCCAAGACAGCCGGCACACACACCCAGUUCGUCCAGUGGUUCAUGGAGGAGUGCGUGGACUGCUUGGAGCAGGGCAGCCGCGGCAGCAUCCUGCAGUUCAUGCCCUUCACAAUGGUGUCAGAGCUGGUGAAAGUGUCCACCAUGUCCAGUCCCAAAAUUGUCCUGGCCAUCACAGAUCUCAGCUUGCCCCUGGGUCGCCGGGUCGCUGCCAAGGCCAUUGCCGCUUUGUGAACACGGCUCCCCCUUCUGCGAUGCUGGGUGAGGGGAAGGCGGGACAGAAGCCAGGGGGAGCGGACAAUGGAUCAUCUCUGGCUGCAUGGAUCCUGCCUGUUCUCCAUGCCAGGGGGACACCAUUGCCGUGGAGCAGACUCCGAGUCACCAGUGAACCCUGAGUCUAGCAGUGCCUCAUUCCCAGGAACAGCCUGGGUGGCUGGAGAAGCAGCUUUCCCCAGCACUAGGCGUGUUAGAGGUGCCGUUCUCUCCAGCCCAUGUGGGAUUGUGGUUCCCUAUCGUCUGCUGAUGCCGAAUGCUGUUGGCUGUUCUUGGAUCUUUUUUCCUAAUAUUUUAAGACUUAGUUUUUUUUAUUCUCAUAAAGCCCAGAUGCUUGGGACUUCCCUAAUAGCCUUUGUGCCAAGACGUGGCAUCUUGAGAGACUGAUGGUUUCCCUGGGGGCCCAGUAGCUGGUAUAUUUCACCACUUGCUGUUGGAUCUGCGGAGUUGCGACUGAGUCCUGGACACGGGAACUGGAGCUGAAGAAUGGCUCCGGGGACCCCACAGCUGCUCAACGCCUUCCUGUCUCCAGUACGUGCAGCUUUAUCUGCUUCAUCCAUGGACCGGUGACUGAAACAAAUGUGUCAUGGGCCUUCGUCUCCAAACACCCAACAGAGCAGCAGCCACACGACAUCUUGUCGGUAGCAAAGGUGGCACCUGCUGCGAGUUGCAGAUCCCAGGGGUUUCUGCAGUGGUAUUUUUAAAUCUACAGGGGAGGCAUAACUAUUUUUUGCUAGAUUAAAAGGGGGUGUUGUGGUGAUUUCUUCUGUAGCCUUCUCUGGCGUGAUCCUCUGCUGGUUUGGGAGUCUUCAAACUUUGCAGCCGCCAUGGCUCUGCAGUCAAAAUGUUGCAGCAGACAAUUUAUGCUUCCCUCCUGUCCCGAUUAGCUCCAUCGUGUAAUGUCACCUGCCCGUGUGCGUCUGGGACGGGCUGUCGGCAGGGCGUGCCCAGAUUCCUGUGGGAAUAGCUUCCUGCUAGAUUUACCCCGUUUCCUAAGUUUUGCUAAGAUAAGCAGCUAGAACAGUGCAAGGGAGGGCAGAUACGGCUCUGUUGCAGGGGGAAGAGGUGGCACUUAGUGCUUGUGGAGGACAGCAAGUAAUACGAUGGCUUGGAGCCACCUUGUUGCUAUGCCCGCUUCCCCCACCCAGCUCUGCUGAUGCCCCUCAGCCUGACCUGCUGCAGCCCCUGUCCCAGGCCUGUCCUGAGCAGGUGCUGCCAAUCAGUCCAGAUAUCACUGGGGUGCUCCGCAGUACAUGCCCUCACUGAGACCUGGGCAGAAAUGAACCAGACUCACUUCUGCCACCUGGUGCAAGCUGAGUUCAAGUCCGUGGGCAAUGAGGGUUCAUCCCAGGUGAUGCCAGAGGGGGAAUUUCAGCAUGGAAUUUUCCAUCACGCCUUCGGAGGUUGAAACGCUCAUUCCCUUCUGCCGGCCAGUGUGUUUCUGACACCCUGUAAAACACCUGUUGUGUGCUACGACUGACUUGUACCAUGUCUAAUGAUGCGUCUCCUGGGCUUGAAUAAACCUACAAUAAACCCCCGUGAGCAGAUCA